UAUUUACUAUUGGGAAUGAAGUUAUCUUAGCAGCAGUGGAGGAGAUGAUGCCAAGCUAGAAGAUCCAGAGCAGUGCUAAUGGUCUGUUACUGACAUUGGACUGGUGCUUGGCUCAGCACAGAACUGCUGUGCUGCAUCUGAUGAGAGAAGGCAUGGAGACUGAGGCUCCUCUCUUUCCCAGUGUUGUGGGACUCACUGUUGAAGAGCAACGUUUUGUGCCGUGUUCUGCAGCCUCCCCAAGUCAGGAGUAGUGGAGCCCUUUUAGAUGCAGUAUUGGGUACAAUAACAGAUCCUAUGAAGAUUAGGGAGGGAAAGGAGGAAAGAGGAUAUGACAGAGCAGUGGUCAUUGAGUAGAUGAGCUUUACAAGCAGCGACAGCUACCAAUUAGAGAAUUAUUAUAAUUAGAACUGAUCUUGGAAAUUAAACCUGAAAAAAGUCCCUCUUCAAAAAUCACUGCAUAAGCAGAAAAGAUCCACCUGCAGUAAACACAGCUGCGAGUUCACAACUGCUUUGCAUGUUUAAACAAAUAAACUGCUAAGCAAGCACUUCAUCACUACUGCAACUUGCCAUGUACGUUAAUUGUUCUUGAAGCCACUUGGCUCAUUAAUGUGAUUCUUCUACCUCACUAGCCAUGUGGGGAGAAAAGCUGGAGUGUUCUUUUCCUGAGAAAAAGAUCUUUCCUUCUUUGUAGGCAGCCAUUGUCUCCUUUGCACCAUGCUACUAAAUUAAGAACAUACAGUGAGUUUUAUCAGAAAAUUUGGAACAGCUUCUAGGGUUUGUUUUUCAGUGACUUCUGCCUGUGUGAAAUAAGGUAAGGCUUUGGAGCGCUCUUGUGUGGUUCAGGGGUGUGCACACAUACAGUCUGCUGUACCUAAGAGCUAACUAAUACCUGUGUCGGUAGAAGUACACAGGCAAGGGAGCUUUAAGUUGUACAAUAGUUGAUAACUGGAUUUUCUGAGGGAGUCUACACCUUUGAAACUUCAAAGAUCUUGCAGCAUGUAAUGCUAUUGUGAGCAUUUUAUAGAAGGCAUUCUUCCCCAUUUCCAGCUAUUUCUAUUUAUGUGGUUCUUUGGAUUGUUUUGUGGGGCAGGAGGGUUCCUGGAAUUUAACACUGGAUUCAUAAUAAGAAAAUAAUUUGCUGAAUUUGCCUUAUUUAAUUAAAAACAGAAAUUUGUCUCUCUGUUUUUGCUUUUGUUGCAAAUGCUUCACCUAUAGUUGAAUUCAGCCUUUGACCACCAGAUUUCCUUAAAAUUUAAAGUAAAAUGUUUCCUUCUAUACUUAAUAGCUAUUUAGAAUAAAUGAGAUCUUUAAUAUUAAAAUGUAAUUACCUUUUUUCCCUCUUGCUAGAAACAAUACGUCCAAAAACACCACCUGUAACAAUAAAGCCUCAGAUAAAAUCUCAAGAGGAGGAGGAAGAGAUUUCCACAAGUCCAGGUGUAUCAGAAUUUGUGAGCGAUGCUUUUGAUGCUUGUAAUUUGAAUCAGGAGGACCUAAGAAAAGAAAUGGAGCAAUUGGUGCUAGACAAAAAGAGAGAAGAGACUUCAGUAGUAGAAGAAGAGACUGCUGAUUGGGAAAAGGAAUUACAACAAGAGCUUCAAGAGUAUGAAGUGGUGACAGAAUCAGAAAAACGCGAUGAAAACUGGGAUAAAGAAAUAGAAGAAAUGCUGCAAGAAGAAAAUUAAGCAUUUUCACAAAAUCACUGUAACCCCAAACUUUUCCUGAAAAUGGAUAUGGAUUUCCACUUUCAUAUUUUGUUUCCUAAAGACCUUCAAAAGACAAGAAAAUAUAGUAUUGUAUAAUUCCAUAUUGGGAUACAACCAGUAUUUCUGUUCUUUAUAUGAGCAAUAUCUGAACUUCUUUAUUCUUUUAAAUGAAAGAAAGGAAACAGACACUGCAGGUUAUAUCUAACAAGUAAAAGUGAUAACAUGAAGCAGCUGUUUAGUUUGAGGUAUUAGGUAAUCAAGAAGCUCUGCAAGAUUUCCAAGUCUAAGAAUCUCAAGUUAAGUUUGUCUACAGCCUGUUUGGGAUGUAGAAAUUGAUGUUGUACAUAACUUUGUCCCUGAAAAUAACUUUCUUUGCAUUUACACUCUGAUUCCUGUAUAAUCUGUAAAUGUGUACUAUUUUCAGUUACUUGUAGCUGGUAGUUUUAAGUGUAUUUAACUUCUCCUUAACAUACUUAGCCAAAGAAUGUAUAGAAGACCCCAACAAAUAAUUUCUGAUGUUUAAAAAAAAUAAUUCAGACUCUAAAAGAAUUGCUGACUUAUUAUUGAUCAGAUAUGAUUAGUAGGCAAACAUUCAAGCAUUUAAAUAAGAACCGAGUUCCUACCUGCUUGAAAAACCUGAUGUUUUUAUUAAAUCGUCAUAUUGCCUUUCCCCACAGAGAGAAUUGGUUUUAAUGCUUCCUUUGUUCAAUGACUGUUUUGUUUCCAUUUAAUUUUGCUGAGGAAGAGCAAAUUGAAUGUUUCUCUUUAAGUGCUGAAACAAUUAUGUAGAACUUUGGCUGGUUAUAAUAAUCUUUAUUAAAUAUUGUAGAUAUGUAUAAAGUUGGCUCAUUUAUUUGGAAGGAGGGCAUAUUGAGGGGAAGAUAUUUCAGACUUACACAGAUUUCAAAAGUAUCCUUUCAAACAGUGCGUAAGAUGUGGAAUUUAAAUAAAAAUAGUUUUCUCUAAAGGCUUUUUUAAUUUGUGUUA